AUGUCUGUCUGGAACCCAGACAAUAUCCGUGAUGUGGCCGAGUCGGUCGGCAUCACGAGCCUGAACAACGACGUGACGGAGAACCUCGCGCGCGACGUCGAAUACCGCAUCGCCCAGGUCCUGGAAGAAGCGCUAAAGUUCAUGCGCCAUGGCCGCCGGACUAUACUCACAACCCAGGAUAUCUCGCAGGCCUUGCGGGUGUUGAAUGUUGAACCCCUCUAUGGAUACGAGUCGGCACGUCCGUUGCGUUUCGGAGAAGCUUCGCUGGGCCCGGGCCAGCCAUUGUUCUAUGUUGAGGAUGAGGAGGUAGAUUUUGAGAAGUUGAUUAAUGCGCCUUUGCCAAAGGUGCCGAGAGAAGUUACAUUUACUGCGCACUGGCUCGCCGUGGAGGGCGUGCAACCUUCGAUCCCCCAGAACCCGACGUCGAACGAAUCGCGCAAUCUGGAACUCGUUUCAAAGGGACCUAAUGCGAACCCGAACUUGGCUGCCAUGAGUGGCAACCAAAAUACCACAGUUAAACCUCUUGUCAAACAUAUCCUCUCCAAAGAGCUACAGCUGUACUUUGAAAAAGUGUGCAGUGCUUUCUUGGACCCAACCAGCGAGGAGUACCGGACUUCAGCGUAUUCCAGCCUGAGAGAAGACCCCGGUUUGCACCAACUUGUGCCUUAUUUUGUGCAGUUCAUCUCGGAGAAGGUGACGCAUAAUUUGAACAACAUCUUUGUCCUGACGCAAGUGAUGCGGCUGGCAGAAGCGUUGAUUCAGAAUCAGUCGCUAUACAUCGACCCCUAUGUCUCCGCUCUUGUCCCACCAGUGCUCACAUGUCUUGUUGGUCGCCAGUUUGGCGGUAGCAACGCAGAAUUGACUGAGCAAUUUGCACUACGCGAUCUAUCCGCCGCUCUCUUGGGGAUGAUCACCAAGAAAUACUCGCAUGCAUCUCACACACUCAAACCAAGGAUCGCACGUUCGUGCUUAAAGAACUUCCUUGACCCCGCUAAGCCCUUUGGCACCCACUACGGAGCUAUUCUUGGAUUACAUUCCAUCGGAGGACCUGAUGUUGUUCGCGAGCUAAUCGUCCCCAACUUGAAAGAGUACGAAAAGUUAAUCCGAGAGGCCAUUGCCGAGGAGAGCCCGCGUCGACCCGAGGCCGAGAAAGUGCUGAAUCUGAUCCUGGCCGUUCUUUCGACCUUGCAGCAAGACCGCAAGCAUCUGACGAACGGUGACGCGGCAGAAGUUACAGACGAGCUUCGCGACCAGCUCGCGGACAAGAUCGGCCAGCUGCUAGCGUCAAGAAUUGCGGAGGCGGGUGAAGUACAACUAGCCCAUGUUAUCCUGGUGCCCUAG